AGUUCCAAGACCCCAGCCAACGAACAGAACGAUGGGGGUCCACUGUUUGCAGACUCUGCAGAUUCAGAUGGAGGUGCUCAAGCUUUUCUCUCCGAAAUUAGUGAGGAAGAUGUGGAGGUGCUUCAUCAGAGAGAGGAGGCCCUGCUGCAGAUUGAAAGGGACAUGCUGGAUGUCAGUCAGAUAAUGAGGGAUUUGGCCAGUAUGGUCCAUGAACAGGGAGAUGCUAUUGACAGUAUUGAAGAUUACAUCCAGACUACAACAUCUAACGUGGAAUCAGCCAACCAGGAGCUGGCGAAAGCCAGCCAGUAUCAGGUAGCUGCUGUCCUGACAGAGUCACUGCACCGCUCCUGCCCCAUCUCAUGACCUGAACAUCUGGUUUCCAGCUGAAAGUCUCACAACAUCAGAGCUCCAUCCUCUCCACCUGGGCCGGCAGGGAUCGGACGAUUUAUUUAACACAAACAAGACCAGAGCCUCUCAUCUUGUCCUCUUUGUGCUUCUUUUAGUUGUUUAAAACGUGUUUGUUUUGACUGAAUUCUUAUCAGCAAAUGGUUGUAUCAGCAAAAGGUUAUAUCUCAUGGACUGAGUGAAAGAGUGCGGAUCUGUGUGACACUCCUUCAAUCUUUAACAACAGGAAACCAGAUGAGGGUGAGACAAAGCAGAAGUGUUGUAACCUUUAUGAACUACUUCGUUUAACUAUUUCUACUGGAAUGAAAAUCAGUCUGUCUAUAAAUUAUUGAUUAUUAUUGUUGCGUUUAGUGAUGGUAAAUUAUAAUUUAAAUAAGCAUGUAAUUCGGAAUAAAGUUCAACAGUAAACAAAUAAAA